CUCUCGCAGACCCGCAUCGACCGUCAACGCGGUCGGGCCCGCACGCAAGCCGAGGACGUCGACCACGAGUACGCGUGUUCUUGCCGCCGACGCCCGCUCAUGGCUCGAAGACGCGGCGUGUUCGGACCCCUGGCCCUGGGCACCGCGCUCGCCUCCGCGGUGCUCGCGGCUGCCCUGUCGCUGCCGCCGGCUUCGAUGGCCCUGACACUGGCGCCGGACCCCGAGUCCGGAACCGAACCUGGCGACAUCGUCGGACCCACGCCGCACCGACCCCGCUACGUGGGACCCUGCAACAGGGUGCCUCCCGGCGUGCUCACCGACCGGUCGCCCGGCUACAACAACUUCAGCAUCGUCAUCUCGGGCAACCCGAAGAAGUACGUGCCCGGUGAGGCGUACACAGUAUCCAUACAAGGGCGUAAGGAAGCGCUGGGAGGAGCGACGUCGCAAAAGUUUAUAGGAUUCAUGCUUGUAGUGGAAUCCCAGGAUCAAAAUAGAAUCACGCAAGACGUGGGAAGUUUUCAGUUAUUCGGCGAUGCGUUGUCUAAAUUUUCAGAAGACUGCCCGCACGCGGUGGUUCAGACUUCGCUCGUCCACAAGGCUGAGGUGAGCGUGCUCUGGGUCGCACCGCCGCCGGGCUCCGGAUGUGUUCUGUUCAAAGCUACAGUAGUGGAAAAUCGGGACGCAUGGUACAUGGACGAAGGAGAAUUGACUAAGGAGCUAUGCCAAGAAGAGCAGCAGAACGACGACGAGCAACCAGAAGUGCUUGACGAAUGUUGCGCCUGCGACGAAGCCAAGUACGAGAUGACCUUCGAGGGACUCUGGUCGAGAUACACGCACCCCAAGGGAUUUCCGGAUAACGAGUGGCUGACCCAUUUUUCGGACAUAAUCGGUGCCUCCCACGCGGCCGACUUCAAGAUGUGGGAGUACGAGGGAUUCGCAUCGGAAGGAGUCAAGAGCGUCGCCGAGCACGGCGCCACCAAGAAGCUCGAGUCUGAGCUCAAGGCUGAGUCGGGCAAGAUCAGGACCAUCGUGAAGGCCCGUGGUCUAUGGUACCCGAACGUGAACGGCAAGACGUUCGCCGUGUUUCGCGUGGACAAGAAGCACCACGUGAUGUCCGUGCUGUCCAUGCUGGGCCCGAGCCCGGACUGGAUCGUGGGCGUCAGCUCGCUCGAGCUAUGCCUCAAGAACUGCUCCUGGAUUACCGAGAAGACCAUGAACCUCUACCCGUGGGACGCAGGGACCAGCGAGGGCGUCACAUACGUCAUUGGUCAGCGCGAAGCCACAUCGCCCCAGCAGCGGAUCCAGAAGAUCACGUCAAGCCACCCGCACCACCCGGACUCGCCUUUCUACGACCCCACAGGGGCCCCCAUGAAGCCUGUGGCCCGCCUGACGGUCACGAGGCAACGCAUAUACGAGAAGUCCUGCGACGAGGACGUUGAGCCCAACACGCCAGUGCCGCUGGAGACGCCCUCUCCCGUCGACUCGAGGCCAACGUUGGAAAAUAUAUCCGCCGAGUGCGCCGUCACCGAGUGGUCCAGCUUCGGACCGUGCAGCGUGACGUGUGGACAGGGCACCAGGACGCGGACGCGCAACUUCAUCAUGCGUGACAAGGCGUUCAUGUUCAACUGCAAGACUCAGCUGGUGGACCGGGAGGUCUGCGAAGUGGACUGUGCCGGGGGCGUGAGCUGCGAGACGACGCCGUGGAGUGAGUGGAGCGAAUGCAGCGUCACCUGCGGCAAAGGCGUGCGCAUUCGUCAGCGAAAGUACAAGCAGCACAUGGCCAGGAAGCGCUGCACGCUCGAUCUCAUGGAGAAGGAGAUGUGCGUCGGCGACAUGCCCACCUGCAAGGACGCCCCCGAAGUGUUGGACCCGAACUGCGCGGUGACUCAGUGGGCGGAGUGGUCUCCGUGCACGGCCACCUGCGGCAAGGGAAUCAAGAUUCGAACCCGGGCCUACCUGAACGCCAUGGCGGCGGCCAUGGCCAUGUGCAACGUGGAGCAGAUUCAGAAGGCCCCCUGCAUGGCCGAGAACACUGACUGCAAGAUCGACAGCCAGGAGGCGCACGAAAUCUGCCUGCUGCCCAAGGACAUCGGACCGUGUCGGGGGUACUUCCCGCGUUGGUACUACGACUCCACCAAGCGCAUGUGCCUACAGUUCGUCUACGGGGGAUGCCGCGGCAACAGAAACAGAUUCGAGCGAUAUGCGGAGUGCAACAAAAUGUGCGAGGUCACAAUAUCACCGCCCAUCGGCAAGCUGAACGGUCUGGCGCCGGUCAACGUGCUUCCGACGACGAGCGACGAGCCCACGUCGCCGGUCAUCGACUGCGUGCUGACGCCGUGGUCCCAGUGGGGUCCCUGCUCCAAGACCUGCGGCAACGGUCGCCGCGAGCGACGACGCAUGAUCAAGCUGAACCCGCAGAACGGCGGAAAGCCGUGUCCCAAGCGACUGGUCCAGAGACGAAAGUGCAAGGAGAACCCGCCGUGCCCGGUGGACUGCAUGCUGACUCCGUGGAGCGAGUGGCGGCCCUGCUCCAAGACCUGCGGACCGGGAGCCGUACAAGAGCGACACCGCACCAUCAAGCGGCACCCGAAGAACGGAGGCUCAAGCUGUGACGCCACUUUCGAACGGCGCUACUGCACGCUGCCACCGUGCGACUACCGACGACGCUAACACUCCCGGGAAGGCCUACGGGCCAUUCCCCACGUCCCGUAACGGGACCACACACUCUCACGUGUCAAACUGAAAGUGACCUGGGUAUGAGUACUUCAAGACGCCCUCCCGACGCGACUUCACACAUAUCGCCUGGGCCCUUCGACCACCAGUCUCUCUGGACACACCACUUCACGACUCGACUACCGCCUCUGCCGUCUUGCUGCUGCAUAGCGCCGCUGCUAUAGAACGCUGCUCUUAGACUGCGGAGCUCUGUAGUUUUCACUCGCAUUCAGUUGUUCCCUUGAAGACGCAUCUCUCGACGCUGGUUAGCGCUGCUUCGAAGAUAGUUUAAAAAAACGGUGCUGCGAAGACAAAAGAAAACCUGCUCCAUGGCAUCAAGCUCCAUCUCGCCGACUUGCACUACUACUGCUACAUUCAUCUAUGCUGCACAAUACGUCACUACACCACGUGACACCUGCUCCAGACGCUCGCUGAUUUUGCUGUUCCUUUUUUUUUUUCUUGUCUGUUAUCACCGAAAUCGGCUGCGACGCUGUAGAUAAUCGUAUACGCUGCUUCGUAGGGCACAAACCGCAUUUCACCGACACGUGGAAUAACGUCUACCGAUGAACGAGCCGACUUGGCCCGUCAAACUUUUUGUGAGUAUAGAACGCCGAGCUUUCCGUACUUGCAUGAGUGGGGCUUUGCGGAAUCUCGAAGUUGCCUCGAAAUCGAAGGCGAAAACGAUGACGCAAGCAGUGCUAGUGCUGCUGUUGGUUUAUGUUCAAGGUAACUGUUACUAAUAACCCAAUGUUUGUGUAAAAGAGUGCGUAUACGAUGUUAUAUAUAAAAAAAAGAAAG